AUGCUUUUAAAAUUAUUGCCUUGUAUCUUAAGCCAACCAAAAGAUGAUAUAGAAGAAGAACUUCCAGAAGAAGAACUUCCAGAAGAAGAACUCAGAAUUCUUUUGUUUGGAAAAACAGGGGUGGGAAAAAGUGCAACAGGCAACACCAUCUUGGGAAAAAAUUUUUUUAAAUCAGAGAUAUCGUCCUCCCCUGUGACUGGACAAUGUGAAAAAGGUCAUGCCAUAGUUAAUGGAAGAAAAGUAUCCGUCAUCAAUUCUCCAGGUCUGUUUGACACUAGCUUGAGUGAAGAUGAGGUGAUCAACAGAGUUAAACUCUGUAUUCCUCUCUUUGCUCCUGGUCCACAUGUGUUCCUAGUUGUGAUUCAGUUGGGCAAAUUCACAGAAGAAGAUGCAAGAGCUGUUAAAAUCAUCCAAACAAUUUUUGGUGAAGAAGCCUCCACAUAUGCCAUGGCUUUGUUUACUUAUGGAGAUCAACUGAAGGGCAAAAGAAUUCACAGAUUUGUUCAUGACAGCCCAGGACUGGUUAGUUUCAUCAAAACCUGUAGUGGACAAUAUCAUGUGUUCAAUAAUGAAGAUAAGAAUCCAGAUCAGGUCAUUCAGUUACUGGACCAGGUUGAUAAAUUGGUGGCUGUAAACGGUGGGCAGCAUUACACCAGUGAGGUUCUUGAGAGGACAGAGAGAGCAAUUGAGGUGGAGAAACAACGUAUCCUGGAAGAGACGAAAGAGGAGAGACUUAAAGAGAUAGAAACACUGAAGGCUCAAGUUAAAGCUGAGGUGUUUGAAGAAGAAAAAAACAAACUAAUCAAAAAAUAUGAGGAUCAUGCCAGACAUGAAGCUGCGAAAAGUGUCAAGCUAAAGACAAAUGGACUAUGCCAUAAUGCCCACUAUGCCAUAAUGUUAUGUGUCUGCCCUGUGAGGAAUGUAACCCACACACCAAAUCAGGACAUAAGAACCUUGGAACCAGGUAAGGAAGGGAGGUCUAAACUGUGAAACCUCAACUUGUAGAGGGAGGACCACCCUACCGCAUUGCAUGUCUUGUAUAGAUACCCUCGACAAGAGGGCCUCAAAUUAAGCCAUAACUCUGGUUGAAUGUGUUCUAAUUAGCAGAGAUGAAGGUAUACCACGCACCUCAUAAGCUAAUGAAAUAGCUUAUCCAUUUGCUAUUUGU